UAUGUAACCCACCCGGUCCCGCCUCUGAGGUGGCACACGGCUCCCUCUCCGCACGGCUUGUGCGGUAGAUACAGACAGAUCAGCGGCAGCGGCAGCAGCAGAGGAUCCAGACAGAAACGGAGAGGCAGGACACAGGCGUGAGAGCAUCCACGCAGCAUCCCCGCAGAAUCCGCGCAGGGCGUGUGGAUGUGAUGCCCACCCGGAGAGAGAUGGUGUAAACAAACCAGCUUUGCCCCGUCACUGAGCUCCACCGCGGAGGUUGUCUGCCACAAUGUUGAGCCGUCUGUUCAGCGAGGUGCUGCCGGACGUCCAGCGGUUGGCGGCGGACUGGGUGCAGGACACCGACAGCGACGGAUGCAAAGUGAAGGAGGAACGCGAGCCGUGCCACCUCGGAGAGGACGAUUUGGACGAGCCGCGGGAGGGCAGCAGCCGGGCAGAGUCCGAGAUGGCCGGGGACGACGACGAUGAGGACGACGACGGCGAGGAAGAAGAGUGCGGGGACGAAAACGGCGGGGAUAAACCCAAGAAGCGCGGCCCGAAGAAGCGCAAGAUGACGGCGGCGCGCAUGGAGCGCUCCAAGCUGCGGCGCGUGAAGGCCAACGCGCGGGAGCGCACGCGCAUGCACGAUCUGAACUCGGCGCUGGACAACUUGCGCAAAGUGGUUCCGUGCUACUCCAAAACCCAGAAACUCUCCAAAAUAGAGACUUUGAGGUUGGCCAAGAAUUAUAUUCUCGCCCUCGGGGAGAUUUUACGCAACGGGAAACGUCCAGAUGUGGUGACCUACGUGCAGAUGUUGUGCAAGGGCCUGUCCCAGCCCACUACCAACCUGGUGGCGGGCUGCCUGCAGCUCAACACCAGGAACUUCCUGACUGAGCAGUGCGCGGACGGAGCCCGCUUCCACAUGCCCACUUCUCCUUUCUCAGUCCACCCUUACCCCUACCGCUGCUCCCGCCUCUCUAGUCCUCACUACCAGCCCGGAGCCGGAGCCCUCAAUAUGCGGGCCCAUUCCUACAGCGGCUCCGGGUAUGAGGCCGUGUACAUGCCGGGCGGGACGUCCCCAGACUACAACAGCCCAGAGUAUGAGGGCCAGCACAGCCCGCCGGUGUGCCUGAACGGCGGCCUGUCCGGGAAGCAGCAGGAGUCCUCAGACACAGACAGGAGCUAUCAUUAUUCUAUGCAUUACUCCGGACUGACCACAUCCCGGCCCAACCACAGCCUACAUUUUGGACCAUCGGGAGCGCGCAGCGGAGGCGCGCAUUCAGAAAACAUCCCACCUUUCCACGACGUGCACCUGCACCACGACAGGGCGCCGCCAUAUGAAGACCUGAACGCUUUCUUCCACAACUGAGCAGCUCAGAAAAGGAGGGGAGCAAACUACGGUCUCACCGACUCCACAGAGACAAUCCUAAAGAAAGCGUUUAUUAUUUAAAAAAAAGAACAACAGUCGGAGCUCCUACAUGAUUACCUUCUGUGUGUCACCUCUAUACUGUUGUGCAUCCUAUCACAAAAUGUGUCCAGUAAAUUAUUCCUGUAUGCAGAAUGAAUGCAAUUUAAAAUGUGAACGUCAAGAAGAGACAUGUUGUGACAAAAACAACAGAAAUAAUAAAAGAAAAGGUGUUUUAUAAUUGUCUGAAUGGAGCGAUCUUAUUUUGCUGUGAACAAUAAUAAAUACAUAAAUAAAUAAAUUGUGGCUUAUUCGAAUAAAUUAACAUUUUAAGGAGUAUCCGGAGGAAAUGUUAGAUUUAAAAAAACAUGUUUGUCUUUAUUCAUUUACAUCAAACAUCAAGAGUUCAGUUUAAAGAUAAAGGUCAAAUGAUCUUUUUAGGAAGUAUGCAGGAGAUUUUAUUUUUAUGUUUGAUCAAAUAAUGUCUCUGCAAAUUAUUUGCAAAAAAGGUUAAAGUGCAUUUAAAUUCGCUAUUAAACUGAUUUUGGACAGAAA